AUGGACUCUCGCACUCCUCGCCCGAGUAAAGCAAAGGCCAAGUCCGGCUGCCGCACCUGCAAGAUCCGAAAAGUCAAGUGUGACGAAGGCCGCCCCGCCUGUCAGCGAUGCGUCUCCACUGGCCGUGUCUGUGACGGGUAUGGGAUUUGGGGCGGCGGGGGCAACUAUUAUGGGAAUAGACAACCUCAGAAUGCCCCUAGUUCGAAGGACUGUUCUAGUUCUAUCAUCACCCGACCGCCUGCGCCCUUCUCAGUCCUCGUAACCGGCACGGAGGAUACGUCUUACUUCGAAUGGUUCACGCACCGGACCGCCCCCAAACUCCCUGGGAGCUUUAUCUCCGGCUUCUGGACAACCCUGCUCUUCCAAGCGAGCCUGAAUGAGCCAGCGAUCUUGCAUGCUGUUCUGGCUCUGAGUGCUGUGCACAAGGGCGGCAUCACCAAUAGUGCGGAUGACCAAGAGCAAAUUACUUUACAGCACUAUGUCAAAGCUAUCAAGCAUCUCCGACCGCAUUUCGAGCUCAAGGAUAGAGCCUCUUCUCGGGUCGCGCUGAUCACGUGUGUUGUGUUCGUGUAUGUCGAGUUUCUGAGGGGGCAUCUCAAGACUGCGCAACUUCAUCUGCUGAGCGGGCUCAAGGUACUACAGCAGAUGGGAGUACUUUCAACUGGGGACGAUGGGGUGCUUGGGUUUCAGGCCUCAAGGGAGUCUACCGACGAUUGGAUUAUCUCCGCGUUCUCUCGACUGCACCUCCAGGUCGAGCUGUUCAAGUACACGUAUCAGCACCCUCGUCUCGUAUCCCAGGGGCCUGGUCGAGAUUACCUCAUUCUACAGACUUCAGGGCCCGAGCACCCAGCCAGAGGCUUUUCUUCUAUCAACGACGCUUGGCAUCAGCUGGAACGGCUGCUGAAUCAGAUCUUCCAUCUAAACCACCAGGCCCGUCAGCACGCCGCUCCUACGAUCGAAGCCCUCCAGCUACCACCCACGCUUCUCGAAUCCCAAGUAUACAUCCAAAUGGAGCUUACGCAGUGGCACCACAAGCACGAGUCUUUCAGUAACAAGGCCCGCUCCGCGGACGAAGAGAAAGUCUACAGAAUCCUGCAAUUCUACCACACUAUGGCAACAAUCAUGGCAGCCACCUGCCUACGACCACAUGAUGAAUUAGUCUUUGAUGUUCAGACACCCUUGUUUCGACUACUGCUGCAGCAAGCUACGCGACUAGGGCCUGGCUUUCCUUGGCCGAAGCCACUGUUGAGCCUGCCGGGGCAUUCUGUGAAUAUGACCAGCACCAUCAUCGAUGUUGGCUGGAUCCCGCCGCUGUACUACACUGCGAUUAAGUGUCGCGUGCACCCGCUCCGUCUCAGGGCGAUUCGGUUACUCGAACAAACCUCGCACCGCGAAGGGCUUUGGGACUGUAUCACAGCUGCCUGCGUAACUCGGAAAAUUAUGGAGGUGGAGGAAAGGGGAUUUUACGAUGGUAUGGUUAUAGGAGAUGAAGCUGAAAUUUUAAGUGGGCUAGAUGGACGGGAUUUUGAGUUGCCGAUCCUGCCAGAGGAGCACAGGUUGAGGGAGCUGGAGGUGUCAUUAGAGGGGUCGCCGAUGGACAAGAUUUUGGUAUUUUGUAGGGGGAGGAAGGGAGAAGGGGAUGAGAGGGUGCUGGUAAGUGAGUAUGAUGUGUCUCUUGGACGGUGGAGAGAUGAAGAUGGUUGGUAGGGAUGUGGAUAUCCAAGGGGGCGUCUUGAUUCAACCUUUGGUCACGUGAAUAAGAACUGGUCAAGACAAGACGGACCACUAACGUAACGUUUCUUGCUAAUGUUAGUAAUCACUUUCAAAGCAAAAGAUACAGAAGACAGUGUUGUUGCCCUGGCUGGAAGCAAGGGUCACGUGCCAUAUUAUCCAUGCACUUCUCAACAACCUCUAACAACUUC